AUGAUUUCUCCUGGAUUAGGGAAGUGUUCGAAUCUGAAGGUUUUUCGUGCCGGUCACAAUAACCUUUCGGGAUUACUUCCUGAAGAUGUCUAUAAUGCUACCAAACUUGAAGAAAUUGCAUUACCUUUCAAUUCACUAUAUGGCACCAUAAGUGAGAGAAUUGCUAACCUCAGCCAUCUCAAUAUUCUUGGCCUCAACUCUAAUAAAUUGAGUGGUGUGCUCCCUGCAGGUGUUGGUAAGUUAUCCAAUCUCCAACUCAUGCUCCUUGAUUUUAACAGUCUAGAAGGUUCUUUGCCCCCAUCCUUGAUGAAUUGCACAAACCUUAUAGAACUGCGUUUGGCAUUCAACUACUUGAAAGGGGACAUCACCAAGCUUAAUUUUUCCAAACUCAGUCAACUUGCUAAACUUGAUCUAGGGAAUAAUUGUCUCACUGGUGUUGUGCCAAUAAGCCUUUACUCAUGCAAGUUCCUUAAAGCAAUUCGACUGAGUGACAACGACCUGGAAGGACAAAUCCAGCCUGAGAUUUUGUCAUUAAAAUCCUUGUCUUUCCUCUCGCUUAGUACCAAUAGAUUGACCAACAUGACUAGAGCAAUGAAAUUAUUUAUGCGUUGCAGAAGUCUUGAAUUCCUCGCCUUAGGAUCUGCUUUUGUAGAUGAGGAAACGCGAGCUGAUGUUGGUAUUGUUGAUUUUAGUGGACUCCAAAAUCUUCGAUUUUUGGAUUUGGGCUAUUGUCACCUUACUGGUGAAAUUCCUAUAUGGUUAUCUAAGCUCAAGAAGCUAGGGAUCUUGUAUAUGGACCAUAAUAAAAUCACAGGGUCAAUUCCUAGUUGGUUGGGGACUCUUCCAAUGCUCUUUUAUAUGAACUUAGGAUCCAACCUUAUUUCAGGUGAAUUUCCAAAGGCACUUUGUAGACUACCAAAGUUGGUAUCUGCAUGGACUGCAGAUCAGAGAGACGAUAAUGAUCUUGAAUUGCCUAUCUAUGGAUCUCAAGGUAAAUUAUCGGUGCAAUACACAUUUUCUUGCUUUGCUCCAGAAAUAUACGUAGGAAAUAAUGCCAUUAAUGGGAGCAUACCUUUUGAGAUUGGCCAAUUGCAGCUUCUCCAUGCGUUGAAUCUUUGCAACAACAACUUCUCCGGCUGCAUUCCAGAGCAGAUAUCUAACCUCAAAAACUUGGAGGAAUUGGAUCUUUCCAGAAAUCAGUUUACUGGAAAUAUCCCAUCAUCAAUUACAAGGCUCAAUUUUUUGUCAGCUUUCAAUGUUUCAUUCAAUAAUCUCGCAGGAUCGAUACCAAGAGGGACUCAGCUCCAACUUUUGAAUGCUUCUGCAUUUGAAGGGAAUCCAAAACUUUGUGGUACCCCACUUCCAAAUGAGUGUCAACCAAAUAAUGGCAACGAUAAUGCAGAUAUUAUGACCAGCAAAGACAAUACAGAUAAUGAGCAUCAAAGUCAAAUUCCAUGGUUUUACACUUCCACUGUUCUUGGGUUCAUUGUAGGAUUUUGGGGAGUUUGUUGCCCUUUGGUUCUUAAGAAGAAAUGGAGAUAUGGAUAUUUCAAAUUCCUACACAGCGCUCAAGAUAGGCUCCAAGUGAUGAUAAUUGCUCGUUUGUAUGGAAAUUGA